AUGCCGUUCAAGCCUCUGUGGUUGAGACACAUUCUAUCCCUCGUCUUCAGUGCUUACUAUCUUGUGUUUGCAGAUUCCGCAGAGGAAAAGGUGCGCAAGACUCGCUCAACGAUAUCGAUUGAGCAAAUGCGAACAUCUUGGGAGAAAGUGCAUCAGAACCCUAUCCUUGGCUUCAUCUCCAGCUUGCUGCGUCCACGUCUGUCUAUUCAUGACAUUAUCCACGUAGAUAGACCACCCUACAACUCUGGUUUGCCUCACAUUGAAGUGUACCGCUAUUAUACCAAUCCAUCUGCCGCAUUCGCAGAUCACGAUACCAUUUUACUACAAUUUCCUGGCGGUGGUUUCGUUUCCAUGCCUCCUCCUUGCCAUGAAGAUGCGUUGGCUGCUUGGGCCAAACACACUGGAUUUCCUGUAUUCAGUGUCAAUUACAAGAAGGCACCAGAAUAUCCCUAUCCUUGGCCCAUUGACGAGUGCUUCGAUUUAUACAUUGCCAUCAUUCAAAGUAAUGGCCGAGUUCUUGGCUUGUCAGGUGAAAAGAGCAUACAAAUCAUUUUCAUUGGCGAUUCUGCAGGUGGAAAUAUAACAGCUGCUGUGACAUUGAAGAUUCUCGCCCAUAACCAGCAAUUGGCCCUCAAAAUCAACCCAACAGCCACACUUUCCUCCACAUCAACGGAGAGUGUUCCAGAUACCAUUAGCAUGACGGCUUCUCAGCAUGUACUGACCACAGUUAAAAAUCCAUUAGACUCACUCUUGCCUGUGCCAAUCGGUUUAAUCCUCAUUUACCCUGCACUUGACUUUGAAAUGUCCUGCUGGAUGUCGCCCUCACAGCUAUCGCUUAUUCGUGCUGAAUCCAAUACCGCUUUAUUCAGAUCAAGCUCUUUGGACUCUUUAUGGCAGACAAAAGAUCAUUUGAGCCAUGCUAGCCCCUUAAGUGUUGUUCCUGACUUGGAAAAGAAACAAAGCUUAUGGCGACGUGUAUUAGGUCUGAAGCCUACGCUCAAACAGCGCAUGGCAGAUCGUGCUCAUCCUAUUCGAGAUCAAAUUCAGACCAAAGAAGCCUGGGCAACUGCUCGAUUGGCUAUGACAAGUCGAAUGAGCUUCUUUAAUGAUCGAAUCAUUACACCAGACUUGAUGAGAGCAAUGGCUAUCUUGUAUCUGGGUCCUCAUGCUUCUCCCGAUUUCGAAAACGAUUACCUAUUGUCUCCAGUGCAUGCACCUGAAGAUCUACUAGCACAAUUCCCCAAGACAUACAUGAUAUGUGGUGAGAAAGAUCCACUCGUAGACGACACUGUGAUUUUUGCAGGCCGCAUUAGACAAGCCAAGCGCAAAUAUAGACAAGAUAACCCCCUGGAUCAAGAUUACCCUACACAUGAUGGCGUCCGCGUCAAGUUCCUGGAAGGCAUGAGUCAUGCAUUCUUACAAAUGAUGCCAUUCUUACCCGAGGCUCACCAAGCUACCAAGACCAUUGGUGAUUGGGUCAUUGAAGUAGCCAACACGAGCCAUCAUGUCAAGAGCGAUCAUCAUGUCGCUGAAAUCAUCACCAGUGAAAAAGAUAUGAUUCACCGUAGAAAGCAACAAUUAGUUAAAGGGCUGUUUUAA